AUGCUGCGCCGCCCUGCGCCCGCGCUGGCCCCGGCCGCCUGGCUGCUGCUGGCCGGGCUGCUGUGCAGCGGCGGGGUCUGGGCCUCGCGAGUCAACAAGCACAAGCCGUGGCUGGAGCCCACGUAUCAUGGCUUAGUUACGGAGAGCGACAGCACUGUGCUCCUCGACCCCCCUCUCAUCGCCCUGGACAAAGACGCUCCUCUGCGCUUUGCAGAGAGUUUUGAGGUGACAGUCACCAAAGAAGGUGAGAUUUGUGGAUUUAAGAUUCACGGACAGAAUGUGCCCUUUGAUGCCGUGGUGGUGGAUAAAUCCACUGGCGAGGGGGUCAUUCGCUCCACGGAGAAGCUGGACUGUGAGCUGCAGAAGGACUACACGUUCUCCAUCCAGGCCUAUGACUGUGGGAAGGGGCCAGACGGGGCCAACGUGAAAAAAUCUCACAAAGCAACUGUCCAUAUUCAGGUGAACGACGUCAAUGAAUAUGCGCCCGUGUUCAAGGAGAAGUCCUACAAAGCCACAGUGGUGGAGGGGAAGCAGUACGACAGCAUCUUGAGGGUGGAGGCAGUGGACGCAGACUGCUCCCCCCAGUUCAGCCAAAUCUGCAGCUAUGAGAUUGUCACCCCGGAUGUGCCAUUCACCGUCGACAAAGAUGGUUACAUAAAAAACACAGAGAAGCUGAACUAUGCUAAAGAGCACCAGUACAAGCUGACUGUCACGGCCUAUGACUGUGGGAAGAAAAGAGCGGCAGAAGAUGUGUUGGUGAAGGUCAGCAUCAAGCCCACCUGCACCCCUGGGUGGCAAGGAUGGAACAACAGGGUGGAAUAUGAGCCUGGCACCGGCGCUCUGACACUCUUUCCGAAUGUCCACCUGGAAACGUGUGAUGAGUCGGUGGCCUCGGUGCAGGUGGUGGUGGAGCUGGAGACCAGCCAUAUCGGGAAGGGCUGUGACCGUGACACCUACUCCGAGAAGUCACUUCACCGGCUCUGCGGUGCUGCGUCUGGCACGGCUGAGCUGCUGCCUUCCCCAGGAGGCUCCUGGAACUGGACCAUCGGCCUUCCCACGGACAACGGCCAUGACAGUGACCAGGUCUUCGAGUUCAAUGGCACUCAGGCAGUGAGGGUCCCAGACGGCAUCGUCUCUGUCAACCCCAAGGAGCCCUUUACGAUCUCUGUGUGGAUGAGGCAUGGGCCAUUUGGCAAGAAGAAGGAGACGAUUCUUUGCAGCUCAGACAAAACAGAGAUGAACCGACACCAUUACUCACUCUAUGUCCACGGCUGCCGGCUGGUUUUCCUCCUCCGUCAGGAUCCUUCAGAAGAGAAGAAAUACAAACCUGCAGAGUUCCACUGGAAGCUGAGUCAGGUCUGUGACGAGGAAUGGCAUCACUACGUCCUCAACGUGGAAAUCCCCAGUGUGACCCUCUACGUGGACGGUGUCCCUCACGAGCCCUUCUCUGUCACUGAAGAUUACCCACUUCAUCCAUCCAAGAUCGAAACCCAGCUCGUGGUUGGGGCUUGCUGGCAAGAGUAUUCAGGAGUUGAAAAUGACAAUGAAACUGAGCCUGUGCCUCUGGCCUCCGCAGGUGGUGACCUGCGCAUGACCCAGUUUUUCCGAGGUAAUCUGGCUGGCUUGACCAUCCGUUCUGGGAAGCUCACAGAUAAGAAGGUGAUUGACUGUCUGUAUACCUGCAAAGAGGGGCUAGACCUGCACACCCCCGAAGACAGUGGCAGAGGUGUCAAGAUCCAGGCCAACCCUAGUCAGUCGAUGUUGACCUUGGAGGGAGAGGACGUGGGGGAGCUUGAUAAGGCCAUGCAGCACAUUUCCUACCUUAAUUCACGACAGUUCCCCACCCCAGGGAUCCGAAGACUCAAAAUCACCAGCACAGUCAAGUGUUCUAACGAGGCCACCUGCAUCUCCGUCCCCCCGGUGGACGGCUACGUGAUGGUUUUGCAGCCAGAAGAGCCCAAGAUCAGUCUGAGCGGCAUCCACCAUUUUGCUCGAGCGGCUUCUGAGUUUGAAAGCUCAGAGGGGGUCUUCCUCUUCCCCGAGCUUCGGAUCAUCAGCACCAUCACGAGAGAAGUGGAGCCCGAAGGGGAAGGGGAUGAGGACCCGACAGUUCAAGAGUCACUGGUGUCGGAGGAGAUUGUACACGACUUGGACACCUGUGAGGUCACAGUGGAGGGAGAAGAACUGAAUGGAGAGCAGGAGAGCUUGGAGGUGGAUGCAGCCCGCCUGCAGCAGAAGGGCAUCGAAAUGAGCAGCUCUGACGUGGGUGUGGUCUUCACAGGCGUUGAUACCAUGGCCAGCUACGAGGAGAUCUUACACCUCCUGCGCUAUCGGAACUGGCACACCAGGUCCUUGCUUGACCGCAAGUUCAAGCUUGUCUGCUCUGAGCUGAAUGGUCGCUAUGUCAGCAACGAGUUCCAGGUGGAGGUGAAUGUCAUCCACACGGCCAACCCAAUGGAACACGCCAGCCACAUAGCUGCCCAGCCACAGUUCGUCCACCCCGAGCACCGCUCCUUCAUUGACCUCUCGGGUCACAACCUGGCCAACCCCCACCCGUUUGCAGUCGUGCCCAGCACUGCCACCGUCGUCAUCGUGGUGUGCGUCAGCUUCCUGGUUUUCAUGAUCAUCCUGGGGGUGUUCCGGAUCCGGGCCGCACACCAGAGAACCAUGCGGGACCAGGACACCGGGAAAGAGAACGAGAUGGACUGGGACGACUCCGCCCUGACCAUCACCGUGAACCCCAUGGAGACGUACGAGGACCAGCAUAGCAGUGAGGAGGAAGGGGAGGAGGAGGAAGAGGAGAGCGAGGACGGGGACGAGGAGGACGACAUCACCAGCGCCGAGUCGGAGAGCAGUGAGGAGGACGAGGGGGAGCAUGGGGACCCGCAGACCGCGAACCGGCAGCAGCAGCUGGAGUGGGACGACUCCACCCUCAGCUACUGA